GAAAAAAGAGGCCCGACGGCCCGAGAUUCAAAAUCUGGUUGAAGGUAACGUUGAGUUUACGAUUUCAGAUUUGAGAUGAGCUGAAUCAUUUUCCCUCCCAAACUACUCCUAAAUUUCCUCACAACUUGUUUAAUGAUUACCCAGUAGGCCAGUUCUAAACUAGGGUUCAAGUCACGUUACAAUCUCCAAAUCAUCACUUUUUCUUACCCCUUUUCGCUUCUAGGGUUUUUACGCCAUCUCCAUUCCCAAUUCGCUGUCUAGAGCUUUCUUUCUUUCUGUCGACUGGUAGAUUGAUAUUGUUAGAGCUGAUAACAGAUGGAUGCUACAGGAUUCUCUAUGAAACUGUGGCCACCAAGCCAAAGUACCAGGCUAAUGCUUGUGGAGAGAAUGACCAAGAACCUCAGCACUCCAUCCAUUUUGUCUAGAAAGUAUGGGCUUCUGAAUAAAGAUGAGGCUGAGGAGGAUGCUAGACAAAUAGAGGUUAUGGCUUUUGCUGCAGCAAACCAACACUUUGAGAAGGAGCCAGAUGGAGAUGGAAGCUCUGCGGUGCAACUUUAUGCUAAGGAAUCAAGUAAGCUUAUGUUAGAUGUUAUUAAAAGAGGUCCAGGAACAGUGGAGGAUGCAGAAGGUAAAGUUAAAGCAUCUGAAGAGACUGUUCUUGAUAUUUCUGGAGGUCAAAGGGCUUUUAUUGCUGCCGAUGAAGCUGAGAAAUUGUUGGAACCUCUGAAGGAGCCUGGGAACAAGUAUACAAAGAUUUGUUUCAGCAACAGAAGUUUUGGUUUGGAUGCUGCUCAUGUUGCAGGGCCUAUUUUAUCGUCACUCAAGGAUCAAUUGAUAGAGGCAGACCUGUCAGAUUUCAUUGCAGGAAGACCAGAGUCAGAAGCCCUUGAAGUUAUGCAGAUCUUUUCAUCUGCUUUGGAAGGGUGUCAAUUAAGGUAUCUCAACCUAUCAAACAAUGCAUUGGGGGAAAAGGGUGUGAGGGCCUUUGGGGGACUUCUGAAGUCACAACAGAGCUUGGAGGAGCUCUAUUUGAUGAAUGAUGGGAUCUCAGAAGAAGCAGCACGAGCAGUAUGUGAGUUAAUCCCUUCAACUGAUAAACUUAGGGUACUUCAUUUUCACAACAAUAUGACUGGAGAUGAUGGUGCCUUUGCUAUUUCUGAAAUUGUUAAGCGUUCUCCUCUGCUGGAAAGCUUUCGGUGUUCAUCUACAAGGGUAGGAUCUGAAGGGGGUUGUGCUCUGUCAAAAGCACUGGAAGCAUGCACUCACUUGAAGAAGCUUGACUUGCGAGACAACAUGUUUGGUGCUGAUGCAGGAGUUGUUUUGAGCAGGGUAUUACCAAGGUUUUUCGAUUUAACUGAGAUCUACCUCAGCUAUUUGAAUUUGGAAGAUGAAGGGUCCAUAGCUAUUGCAAAUGCCCUCAAAGAAUCUGCACCAUCACUGGAAAUUUUGGAGAUGGCUGGAAAUGACAUCACCGAGAAAGCCGCUCAUGCUUUUGCAGCUUGCAUAGCUGCAAAACAAUUUCUUACCACAUUGAACUUGGCAGAGAAUGAACUGAAGGAUGAGGGUGCUAUUAUUAUUGCCAAGGCAUUGGAGGAUGGUCAUAGCCAGGUAAACGAAGUGGACAUGAGCACUAACUCAAUUCGAAGAGCUGGGGCUAGGUGCCUGGCACAGGCUGUUGUCAGCAAACCUGGGUUUAAGGUGCUGAAUAUUAAUGGAAACUUCAUAUCUGAUGAAGGGGUUGAUGAGGUCAAAGAAAUUUUCAAAACCUGCUCAAAUCUGCUUGGACCUCUGGAUGAGAAUGAUCCUGAAGGAGAAGAGUAUGAUGAAGAUGAUGAUGGAGAGGCUGGUGAUAAUGAGAAUGAAUUGGAAUCCAAGCUCAAGGACCUUGAAAUCAAGCAUGAAGAAGAAUAGAAUCACAUUGCACCUCUGGAGAUGUUCACUCUGAGGACUUGUAAGAACUCGUGUUAGCUAGUGUAGCUCAUAAUCAACUGUGGUGUUGGUUAGAUUAGACUUGUAGUCAUGUUUUUGUGCUAUUGUAUGGUGUUGAAACUUUGGCAUAGCAGGAAACUUUUGUGACAUGCCUGCUAUUGCUUUACUUCUCUUCUGAUUUAGUUAAUGUAUGGACUAGUUUGGAAGUUUGGAUUA